ACUUGCGAUACGUGUGUGCGUCUAGCGCUACGCCGUCAUUAAUCAACACUGGGGGAACUCUAACGCCUAUUCCGGACCGUUUGCCGCUGGUUAGUUCUGGACAACGCGUUUGACCGAGCGGACGUAAAAUCGCUGUCCAUCUGACAGCAGAAUUAUCCAUUCAUCAGCAACCGGAAUAAGUCAAAGAGCGUCUCCUGAACGACGCCUCCACAUAUCGCUUUCAUUAUUAAACCAACGACAAGCCGGCGGCAGAUUGGAAGCCAAACAAAAAGUGCAAACCAGUUUCUCUCCUCGCAAAAGCGGUUGAUUCCUUUUAGGUGAGGAGCAGUGGUAAACGCGAUAGCGCAAUGGCGUACGACACGGUGACGAUAGCGGCCAUUGCCGCGAUUCUGGGUUUGCUGUACUACUACGUACGCAGCCGGUAUCGCUAUUUCCUGGACAAACCGUAUCCACACCUGAAGCCCACCUUCCUGUUCGGUAGCUCCGCGCCCAUGCUGUUACGCCAGCGGGACAUGAUCGAGCACAUUAAGAUACUCUAUAACAUCUAUCCGGAUGCAAAAGUGGUCGGUGCGUACGACUUGCUUACCCCGAACCUGAUGCUGCGCGAUCCGGAGUGCGUGAAGCAGAUCGGAGUAAAGGAUUUUGACUACUUCACCGAUCACACGCCGUUCGUGAAGAGUGAACACGAUGUUAUGGAAACGGACAACAUGUUUCUCAACUCGUUGUUCUUGUUGCGGGGACAGAAGUGGCGCGAUAUGAGAGCGACUCUAAGCCCGGCGUUCACCGGCAGCAAGAUGCGCCAGAUGUUUGAGCUAAUGUCGCAGAGUUGCCAGGGUAUGGCACAACAUCUUCUCAAGGAGGCGCAUGAAGACGAGUCCAAGCAGGUGCACGAGAUGAAGGACGUCUUUUCGCGCUUGGCCAACGAUGUGAUCGCAUCGAUCGCGUUCGGGAUUCAGGUGAAUUCGUUUUCUGACCGAAAGAAUGAUUUCUACACGCGUGGAAAGAAGUUGACGAAUUUUGGCUCAUUUUGGGCGAGCAUUCGUUUCAUGCUGUUUUUUAUGAUGCCGCGGCUGAUGCUGAAAUUGAAUAUCGAGCUGAUGGAUAGGGAGAUGUGCCAGCAUUUCCAUGCCAUGAUUAUGGACAAUAUGCGAGUUCGCGAGGAAAAGGGAAUCGUGCGGAAUGACAUGAUCAACAUCUUGAUGCAGGUGAAACGAGGUGUUCUGGGUCAUCAGAGGGAUGAACCCGACGUCAAGGAUGCUGGAUUCGCAACAGUGCAUGAAUCUGCCGUUGGAAAGAAGGUGAUAACACGCGAAUGGUCUGAGAAGGAGUUGGUGGCGCAGUGCUUCCUGUUCUUCCUGGCCGGCUUUGACACCGUCUCGACUGCUCUGGGAUUUCUGGCGUACGAGCUGAUGUUACAUCCGGAGAUACAGGACCGGCUUUACGAGGAGAUCUUGGAAGUGGAGGAAAAGCUCGAUGGUAAACCAUUGACAUACGAAGCCGUCCAGAAUAUGCGCUACAUGGACAUGGUUGUGUCCGAGUCUUUGCGUCUUUGGCCACCAGCGCCGAUGGUUGAACGGUACUGCACCCGCGACUACACAUUCGAUGAUGGCGAAGGAUUACGGUUCAAGAUCGAGAAAGGACGCACCGUCAUGGUACCGGUAGCUGGUUUACACAGCGAUCCGCAAUACUUCCCCGACCCGAAGCGAUUCGAUCCGGAACGCUUCAGUGAGGAAAACCGGCACAAUAUUAACCCGGGAGUUUAUCUUCCGUUUGGAGUUGGGCCGCGCAACUGCAUCGGAUCACGCUUCGCACUGAUGGAGGUGAAGUCGGUCAUCUACUAUUUGCUGAAGAGCUUCACAUUCGAACGUUGCGAUAAAACACAGGUACCUAUGAAGUUGAAGCAUAAUCCGGCUGUUCUAGUCGCGGAAAAUGGGAACUGGAUUCGUUUUAAGCCGCGUAAAGUAGAUAACUAAGGAAAUGAAAUGUUCAACAUACGCAAACAAAGCACCUUCAAUAAAAUUCAAUCACCAAAACUGAGCAAAUGUUGUUAUCGUUAUCAAUUCAUGUUAAUUAGUUAAUGAAAAAAUCUAUCUUGGGGACCUAUUUAUGGACAUCUGUGCCCAAAAAAGGCUUAUCUCAAAUUGCCAAGCAACCCAAAUGAUAACGUCUAGUCACACGUCCUCGUUCUGUUAUGGUCAUGAAAUAAGCCAAUGUUAUCUUCAAACGACUAACGCCACACCACCA